AUGUGUGCCGCAGAGACCAAAAUAUGUUCAGGUCUUGAUUCCAUGAAAAGAAUGAAAGGUACUACACAUGAGGAAUGUGUAGUCACGUCUGCAAAAGAUUUGCCUGUUCGCUCUAAUACGAAUAUGAUGUUUGCUAAAUUUGUUCAGGGAUUAAUUAUUGCUGUCACAUUCGGAGUAUUAUAUUAUAAGAAUAAUAAAUUUGAUAAAGACCUUAAAAUUUUAAAUUACUGUAUGUCAAUAACUUCAAUAUUUCAAGCGUUUAUACUGAUUAAUAAUAGCAAUCAUAAUCAUAGGUUUGAACUGAUUUAUUCAAUAUAUUUACCUUUUAUUUUAUCAUUUUGCUUUAACAGAUCAUUGACAAUAAUAAAUACAAUAUUAUCAUUAAACGUUAUUAAUUAUAGUUAUAAAAAUUUUAAUAAAUCGUUAAUUAUAUUGACCCAGAUUUUAUGUUGUUAUGUCUUUGAUGAUCAUAAUAUAAAUUAUUUAAUUAUUGCAAUUUUUAUGAAUUUUAGUUUAUCAGCUUUUUUACAAAUGAUCGGAGAAUUGAAAAGUUUAGAUUAUGUCGAUUGUAAUUUGUUUAGUAUCCUUCUAACAAAUAUUUUUUAUUUUAAUUAUGAUUCGAUUUCUGUACCAUUCAGAAUCUUACAUGGAACUUUAUCAGCUUUAUUCUACGUUAUUAUAUUUAAUUAUGUGAUAUUUAAUAUAGCCAAAAAUUGGUUUAAUUCACAUAGAUAUAUCCUAUCAUUGGUUCAAUCAAGUGUCAUUAUUGGUGGAUUUCCAUUGUUAACGAACUAUUUUAUUCAUAUCCCAGAACAAAAAUCUCCUUUAGAGUGGUUACUUAAUUAUAUUACAGAUUCUCCAAUAAGGCAAUAUAUAUUUAUUGGAUGGUUAACCUUAGUGGCAACUUUGGUACCAACAUUUAUGAUGUUUCAAUCAAAUGUCUCAUUAAAUACAUCAAGAAAGGUAUGGCAUUUUUUAAUCUUUCUGAUGAUAAUAAUUCCUUUCAAAUAUGAUUCUGAAUUUGUAAAAAUUGCAUUGGCUGGUAUUAUUCCAUUAUUCUUAUGUAUAGAAUACAUUAGAUAUUUAAAACUUGAACCUAUGGGUGCUUAUCUUGAUUUAAAAUUAAGAUCCUUUGCAGAUGAAAGAGAUUUGAAAGGUCCGUUAAUCAUUUCAUACAUAUAUUUAAUUUUGGGGAUAUCAUUCCCUUUAUUAAUUUACAAUUCUCCAGUAGGUUUGAUUAGUUUAGGGAUUGGUGAUUCCCUAGCAUCUAUUGUGGGUAAAAAAAUGGGCAGGUACCAUUGGCCACAAAGUGAUAAGACUAUUGAAGGUACAAUUGCAUUUGUAAGUUCAACUUUUAUCAUUUGUAAAAUUUUACAAUCUUCGCUAAAUUAUUUUCAAAAUAUUUCAACUUUAACAAUUGCUAUUAUGUGCCUCUUAUCUGGUAUACUUGAAGGUAAUAGUAUAUUAAAUGACAAUAUUUUAAUUCCUUCUUUUAUGCUAAUUUGUGAAUAUAUAUUCACUGACUAA